CGAGCCGCCUGCGCUCACCCCUCAUCACCCCUCCUGCCUGCCUCGCUGCUGUCGCUGCUGCCAGCGCGUACGCCGCAGCUCACCGCACACCACCACCACCUGGCGCACGACGCCGCGCCGUAGCUCCGCCGAGUCUGCGCCGCUGCGCCGCCGCUGCCCAGCAUGGACGUCACGCGCGCCGUGUCGAGCAAGAUCGGCAGCACGUCCUUCUCCUUCCUCACGUCUGCCGAGAUCCACGCCAUCAGCGUCAAGCAGAUCACCAAUGCCACGCUCUUUGACAACACCAACCUGCCCACCGCCGGCGGUCUCUACGACCCCGCGCUGGGCCCGCUGGGCAAGGCCGACAUCUGCCAGACGUGCUCGCAGAACAGCUUCCAGUGCCCCGGGCACUUCGGCCACAUCGACCUGCCGUCGUGCGUCUUCCACCCGCUGUUCAUGUCGCACAUGUACAACCUGCUGCGCGGCUGCUGUCUCUUCUGCCACCGCUUCAAGCUGCCGGAGGUGCAGCGCAUCCUCUACGUCGCUCGCCUGCGUCUGCUCGAGUAUGGCCUUGUCUCUGCCUCGGACGACAUCGCACACGAGACGCUCGCGCGCCAGACGAGCUUUGCGCCGGCGGAGCCCAGUGGCUCGCGGAGCAGCAAGAAUGCCGAGGAGGGCCUGCAGGCAGAGGACGGCGAUGGCGAGCUGGUCGCUGCGGCCGACAAGGGCCUUGCCGCCGAGACUGUGCCGGAGUUCCGCGCGCGGAUAGAGACGCAGGUGGGCCUGGCUAUUCAGCAGGCGCUGCAGCAGGGCCGGCGGCGAGGCAAGGGGCUCGACGGCGCGACGUAUGCUGCUCGCAAGCACGUCGUCGCGGAGCUGCUGAAGCUCAUCAUUGUGAAGCGGACCUGCACCCCUUGCGGAGCGCACAACCCGACUCUGCGCAAGGACGGCUUCAUCAAGAUCGUCGAGCGCGACCUGACUGAGCGCGAGAAGGCGCUGCACGAGGCCUGCGGCAUUCGCCGGCCUGAUGCGAUCCUGGCGGUGCAGGAGCAGCGGGCAGGCACGACGCCGGCGCCGGUCACCACACGCAUGACGCGGGAGGGCGUCAUUGAGGACAACUCCCUCGCGGGCGGCGAGGGUGUCGAUGGAGACGGAGACGUCGUGAUGGGCGAGAAUGAGUUUGCACGCCCCGUCGACCGCGCCGAGCUGCGCGAGGCACGCAAGAAGAGCAAGGUGGCGAGCCAGCAGACACGCGUGAUGCCGCCCGAGGAGUGCCGCGCGAACCUGCAGCUCCUCUUCCGCAACGAGUCGCAGCUGUGCUCGCUGAUCUUCGGCCGGCACGGCCCCUUCGAGAGCGGUGCCGCGCCGGGCACGCGUGCCAGCGGCAGCAAGCUCGGUAUGCAGUCGAGCAAUGGCGCCAGCGCCGACGUGUUCUUCAUGGAUGUGCUCGCCGUCGCGCCGACGCGCUUUCGGCCCGCCAGCGUCAUGGGCGACACGACGUUCGAGAACCCGCAGAACGAGCUGCUCACGAAGAUUAUCAACACGAGCUUCGACGUCCGCGACUCCGCCAAGCAGCUCUCACUGCUCGUCAACUCGGGCCCCGAGGGACUGAAGGCCCUCGAGCUGUCGAGUGGCGGAAAGAACGCGCAUCUGGACUACGUCAUGCGCCUCACGGCUGCCAACGACGCGCUCAUGGGCAAAGUGAUCCAGCUGCAGGUCGACGUCAACUCGUACAUCGACUCGUCGAAGAACCCGACGCCCAUGGCGCAGGGCCGUCUGCCGCCGCCGGGUGUCAAGCAGGCGCUGGAGAAGAAGGAGGGCCUCUUCCGCAAGCACAUGAUGGGCAAGCGUGUCAACUACGCCGCGCGCUCCGUCAUCUCGCCCGACGUCAACAUCGAGACCAACGAGAUUGGUGUGCCGCCCGUGUUCGCCAAGAAGCUCACAUUCCCCGAGCCUGUGACGGUGCACAACGUCGCGCUGAUGCGCCAGCUCGUCAUCAACGGCCCGGACGUGUACCCCGGCGCGAUCGCCGUGCGCGCCGAGGACGGCACCGAGACGCUGCUCGCCAAGCAGACCGUCGAGCAGCGCACGGCGCUCGCCAGCCAGCUGCUGACGCCGCAGGAGCACACGUCGCGCCAGGCCAAGGGCACUUUUGCCGGCCUCGGCACGUCGACGCGCACGCCGCCGGCGAACAAGACGGUGCUGCGGCAUCUGCGCGACGGCGACAUCCUGCUGCUGAACCGCCAGCCGACGCUGCACAAGCCGUCGAUCAUGGCGCACAAGGCGCGCGUGCUCGUCGGCGAGAAGACGAUCCGCAUGCACUACGCCAACUGCAACUCUUACAACGCCGAUUUCGACGGCGACGAGAUGAACAUGCACUUCCCGCAGAGCCAGGCGGCGCGCGCCGAGUGCUACAACAUCGCCAACACGGACAACCAGUACCUCGUGCCGACAAGCGGCAAGCCGCUGCGCGGCCUGAUCCAGGACCACGUCGUGGCGGGCGUGUGGAUGACGUGCAAGGACUCGCUCUACACGCGCGAGGAGUACCAGCAGCUGCUGUACGGCGCGCUGCGGCCCGAGGACGACUACUCGGGCGGCGGCCGCGUGCUGACGCUGCCGCCGGCGAUCAUGCGCCCCGCGCCGCGCUGGACGGGCAAGCAGAUCAUCUCGACGAUCAUGCUCAACAUCAAGCCGUCCAACGCCGAGGGCCUCAACAUGUCGAGCAAGGCCAAGGUGGCCGGGCGCUACUGGGGCAAGGACCACGCGGGCGAGGAGGAGGUCGUCUUCAGCGACGGCGAGCUGCUCUCCGGCGUGCUCGACAAGUCGCAGUUCGGUGCAACGGCGUACGGCCUCGUGCACGCCGUCUACGAGAUCUACGGUGCCGAGACGGCGGGCAAGCUGCUGAGUAUCCUCUCGCGCCUCUUCACCAAGUACCUGCAGCACAACGCCUUCACCUGCCGCAUGGACGACCUCAUGCUCUCUGAGCGCGGCGACGCCAAGCGGCGCCAGCUGCUGGCCGACGGCAGCGACGAGGGCCGCAAGGCGGCGCUGCGCAGCGUCGGUCUCGAGAGCGAGGCCAAGGGCCGGAAAGCCGACGACCCGGAUCUGGACUUCAACAUGCGCGUGCGCCUCGAGGAAGUGCUGCGUGACGACCUCAAGCUCGCGGCGCUCGAUGCCGAGAUGAUGUCUGCAUCCAACAACCUCACCUCGUCGAUCAUCAAGGCGUGCAUCCCCGACGGCCUCGCCAAGAUCUUCCCGCACAACAACAUGCAGAUGAUGACGGUGUCCGGCGCCAAGGGCUCGCCCGUCAACGUGUCGCAGAUCUCGUGCCUGCUCGGCCCGCAGGCGCUCGAGGGCCGCCGUGUGCCCGUCAUGGUCAGCGGCAAGACGCUGCCGUCGUUCAAGCCCUUCGACACGUCGUCGCGCGCCGGUGGCUUUGUGUCGGGCCGCUUCCUCACGGGCAUCCGGCCGCAAGAGUACUACUUCCACUGCAUGGCGGGCCGCGAAGGUCUCAUCGACACGGCCGUCAAGACGUCGCGCUCCGGCUACCUGCAGCGCUGCCUGAUCAAGCAUCUCGAGGGCGUGUACGUGCACUACGACCACACCGUGCGCAACUCGGACGGCUCGGUGCUGCAGUUCCACUACGGCGAGGACUCGCUGGACGUGACGAAGAGCAAGUACCUCGAGGAGUUCGACUUUACGGCGCGCAACUUCGAGUCGUUCCGCCGCCGCUACGACCCGAAGCAGCUGCAGGGCGUGCUCGAAGAGUACGAGGCGGGCGAGCACAUGAAGAAGGCGCUCAAGAAGCCGCACAAGUACGCGCCGGCGCUCAGCGCAUUCGCGCCCGCCAAGCACAUCGGCUCGAUGUCCGAGAAGUUCGCCGCAAGCAUCGAGGAGUACGUCGAGCGCAACCCGAAGCGGCUGCUCGACGACGGCCGCAAGAAGAAGAAGAGCCGCAAGUCGGACGCCGGCGACGCGGCCCAGCCGGCGCCAGAGCUGAUGCGCUCGAUCAAGGAGCGCGUCAACCCCGAGGCGUUCCGCACGAUGAACAAGAUCCUCUACCACCGCGGCCUGGUGGAGCCAGGAGAGGCCGUCGGUCUGCUGGCCGCGCAGGGUGUCGGCGAGCCUUCGACUCAGAUGACGCUCAACACCUUCCACUUUGCCGGCCACGGUGCCGCCAACGUCACGCUCGGUAUCCCGCGUCUGCGUGAGAUCGUCAUGACGGCCUCGCAGAAGAUCAAGACGCCCAUCAUGCGCCUGCCGGUGCUCGAGGGCAUUCCCGAGGCGUCGCAGCGCAUGUGGUGCAAGGACGCAAGCCGGCUGCUGCUCAGCCAGGUCGUCGACAAGGCCACCGUCACCGAGCGCAUCUCGGGCAAGACGCGCGAGACGGACUUCCAGCGCCGCAAGACGUACACCAUCCGCCUCGAGCUCUUCUCGCCCAAGGAGUGCAAGGAGGAGUACAACACCUCGACGCCGAGCAUCCUGCACGGUCUCGAGGCGACAUUCGUGCCGACGCUGGAGCGCGGCAUCAUGAUGGAGCUCAAGCGUCUCCGUCGCGACCGCGCACGGCAGGCAGACGAGAUCGGACACGGCCACCAGUUCAACGAUGGUCCGUCCGCUCAGGGCGACGACGACGACGAGCCGUCGCGGAGCAGCAGCAAGAAGAGCGCAAAGGCCGCGGCGACACCCGCUCCUGCCGGCCGGCCUGCUGGUGCCGACGACGACGACUCUGACGAGGAGGCGGGCUCGGAUGACGGCGGCGACGGCGAUGCCGACGACGCCAAGCGUAAGCGCAAGGGUGCCGCACAGGCCUCGUACGAGGAGGGCUCUUCCGACGAAGAGACUGACUUCGAGCCGACGACCGAUGCGGAGUCCAGCUCGGAGGCGGCUUUCUCCGGUCGGUCCCGCAACGGCGACGACACCGACGCCACGAGCGAGACGGAUCGCGAGGACGCCGACAGUCUCGUGGGCGACGUCGACGAGCAGGUCGCCGAGGUCGAGAGCCGCCUGCAGGAGAGCAGCCGCUUCGUCACCAAGUUCGAGUUCGACGCCAAGAAUGCGCGCUGGGCCGAGUUCUCGCUGCAGCUGCCGACGAGCUCGGAGAAGCUGCUGCUCAUCAACGUCGUCGAGCGCGCCUGUCUCUCGAGCGUGGUGCACGAGGUGCCCAACAUCCAGCGCCUGCUCAUUCCGCAGGCGCAGCCGGGCGAGAAGCCGGGCCUCACGGCUGAGGGCAUCAACUUCCCGGGCAUGUGGGAGAUGGGCUUCGGCGUCGUCGACAUGAACAACAUCUACACCAACGACAUUGGCGCGCUGCUGCACACGUACGGCGUCGAGGCGGCGCGUGCCGCCAUCGUCGGCGAGAUGGCUGGCAUCUUCCAGACGUACGGCAUCGACGUGUCGAUGCGCCACCUCUACCUCAUCGCCGACUACCAGACGGCCGCCGGCGGCUUCCGCCCCUUCAGCCGUGGCGGCAUCGCCGACGCCUCGUCGCCGCUGCUCAAGGCGAGCUUCGAGAUGACGAUGGCGUUCCUCGGCCACGCGGCGCUGCACGGCGAGUGCGACCCGCUGCACGGCCCCUCGGCCAACCUCGUCGUGGGCCGGCCCGUCCUCAGCGGCACCGGCGUGCCGCAGAUCCACCAAGCCAUCGCCGUCUGAGCCUGGUCUGUCCGUCAUUGUCCCGUCUCUUGCCUCCUCAUGCUCCUGUAACAUCACACUGCGCGCGAUCACAAAAUCUAGACCCAGCAUUACUGUUC